AUGGAUCUCUUGGCGGAGGGGUUGAAGUCUGAUAUUGACUUAUUGAAGCAGCAGCACAAGCUGGAACUGAAGCCAGAUGAAGAUGGCGACGAACUUGAUGCUGAUCUUUUGGUACCUGGGGCUGCAGCGUUUGUCAUUAACGAAAUCUCCGACCACCUCUCCAGGGCCAUUUUGCUGCGUGAAAGCAUUGCAAGGAGGCUUUUCCCACCAGAAUCAGAUCAAUCAGAAGAGUGGGAACGGCUAAGGAAGGCUUUGGUUCCCUUGACCAAUUACUACAAUCAUUGA